ACCUGAAAAAAGCAUUUGAUACGAUUGAUCACCAGAUUCUAUUGUCAAAACUACAAGCUUAUGGGAUACGCGACCACACGCUCAAAUGGUUCCAAUCGUAUUUAGAUAAAAGAAAGCAAAUUUGCAUGCUAAAUAACUGUAAAUCUGAUAUUGAAACAAUUCGUUGUGGAGUACCUCAGGGUUCAAAUCUUGGACCUCUAUUAUUUCUCAUUUACAUAAACGACCUCCCAAACUGCCUAGAAACAACACACAAUAAUUUAUUUGCUGAUGACACAAUUUUAUCAUGUCAAGGGCAUUUAUCCAUAGAUAUUGAAUACAAACUUAACAAAGACCUAGUAAAUGCUCAAAAAUGGUUAUCAGCGAAUAAACUAACAUUAAACAACGAAAAAACCAAAUAUAUGAUUAUUGGAUCUCGGCAACGAUUGAAAAACUUAGAUCACGUGCCAAAAAUCAGUAUAAACGGACAUCAAAUUGAACGAGUUUAUAAAAAGGAAGCUUUGG